CAACUGAUUCUUAAUUUAUUCAACGCCGUUUUUCUCAUCUAUACUUUCUUCUUUGUAGUUUGGGGCAACACAACAAGCGUUUCGUUCCUGCUCUUGCAUGGUUACCAAGGGAUACACAGAUAAGAAGAAUGCGCCGAAAGAAGCCGUCGUUGUCGCUUCAUCGACAGAAGAAAACACGGGCGGAGAGAAACUCAUUUGAAAGAUGCUCGAAAACAACGGUGGCACAGCUGAAAACAACAAAACGGAAAACAUUUUUUUCCCCAGCCAAAUGUCCUAUUAUCGUGAGUUUACAAGAAAUGACCCCAAUACUGUCUCCGAUGAAAUCUCCAUUUCGUUCUCCGCUUUACAAAGCAUCGCCGCCCAAAAAACGUGCAAAGAAAAGCACGUCAGCAAGAAUACUCUUUGAACAAACUGACUGCAGCAUUUCCCCAGAACACCAGAAGAAUAACAUAAGCUUUCCUGAACUUGAUAUAUUAGAACUCGAUUAUGACACUGCAAUUGAUAAAACUGUGCAUUUUCUUGAAACCAUUGUGGAAUCAAGCCCUGCAAGCAUCAAUGAAGAGGUUAAAAGUUUGCCAAACAGAAAACGUCAGACUCAAGAGGGCUCUAUCGAAUCUGAGAAAUUAGAAAUAUGUGAUACUGCGUUCAAAUGUAGGACUGUGAGUAUUAAAAACAGUGAUAAAUCAAAUCUUGAACACAAUACGGAUAUUGCUGAAGGUGUCCCACGUAUAACAGUGACAACUAAUAAAGAAACAGCAUUAGACAAGUCAACGAGUACUUCGACUGAAAGUGGAACCACUAGUAUAAAUAAAUCUUCCAAAUUGCAGUACGCAGAUACAAGCCUCUCAGAAGUAACUGGUAAAAUUCAAAAGCUUACUCCAGAAGUAGUCAAAUUGUUAGCUUCAGAGGACAGACUGGACCUUGUUUUGCUUCAGUUUUUAGAACAAGUGAACGACAAACGCUUUCCAUUGGACAAUAUGGCAUUUCGGCUUUGGACGGAAGUCGUUAAAUGGUUUGAGUGUAGAACCUCGACUGAAAUGCGAUAUUCAGAAGAUACAAAACAGUUCUGGAGACUAGGCUACAAAUUGUUCGGAGCACGAUUUACCAAUGAAUAUAAACAAUGCAUUUUUGAUACUGUUAUAUUAACCAUGUGCCGUCCACAAGACAACACUCAUGUAUUCAUAGAUACUGUAUAA